CAUAAAAAUAGAGAAGAAGAAGAGGAGGAGGACCCGAUAUCCCAGCAUCCUCUGCGCGGCGACGAAGAAGGACAUCUUUCUGAAGAGGACACAGCGAGCAGCGUCCCAAGUCUUGUUUAGACGCGUUGGAAGCUGAUUAAAAAUGUCUGAGACUAUUGAAGAGAAGCUGAGGAACUACAGGACCGCUCCCUUUGACGCCCGAUUCCCCAACACCAACCAGACCCGCAACUGUUACCAAAAUUACUUGGACUACCACAGGUGCAACAAAGCCCUGACCGAAAAAGGCCAGGAUCUGACUCCCUGUCAGUGGUACAUGAGGGUUUACAAGAGCCUCUGUCCCAUGAGCUGGGUUUCUAAAUGGGACGACCAGAUACAAGAUGGAACUUUCCCAGGGAGGAUCUGAAAUGUCCAACCAUUAUGGCUCAGGACAGUGCAGGACACUCUGUUACACCCUUACCUCUGUAGUGUAGCAUACCUCUAUAACAUAUUUCAAGCAGCUGUCACAUUAUCAUUAUACUUGAUGUUACUUAAGAUAUACACUUAAACUAUAACCACGCACAAGUUUUUACCCAGCAUGUGAAGGUCUAAAGUUUGUUUUCAGUCUCUACUCCUAAGCAUUGUUAAAUCAAUAAAUAUAGUACAGAUUUAAUUAAAAGGUUGUUGUUCAUUAUUCUGUUUUGAUGUAUUUAAUUUAAUUUUGGAUUUUGCAUUUCUCCAGCCAAACCAGGCAUGGAUAAUGCUUUCCUUUAAUCAUUAUCUUAAUUUCACAUAACAGGCCUGGUUGGCUGCUACAGGGGUUAAUAUUGUUAUGUACUGUAUCUGUUCAGGGGUAUAUGAAAUAGAAAUGUGUCCUUAUUCAAAGCAGGGCAACAUGACACCAUGAUUUAAGUUCAUCUGACAACUGACACUGGGUCGUCCAAUAAACAUUGUGUAACACAUGACCAGA